AUGGGGCUGAAUUGGUCUAAUCCAAUGUUGAGGCCAAAAGCCGAAGCCAAGAAUUCCAUGAUCAGUCGGUCAGCUCAAUUGGACGGGAUGGCAUUCGCAUUUCUAACUUUAACAACGGUUUUACUAUGCGGAUUACAAGUUCCGCUAACCCUUGCCAUCGGACGUCAUUCCGUAGCUCUGAAAACACUAACCAGCAUCCAGGCUGAGUGCCGAGCUUUUCUGCAAGUUCCGGCAGCGGGACCGGAAGGAGAAUGUGAGCCGCGUUGUGAACUUUAUGCCGCAAGAGCUUGGGAUGACGUUAAGGGUCCUGUGUACAGCGUCUAUAGAAUCACCAGAGAUAAUCAACUUCCGGUCGAUUCUUGUGUCCUGGAUCAAACGUAUCGCUGUAUGUGGAAUUGGGAUCGCUUUAAUUUAACCGGACCGGAACCAUGCCGAUGGGCGUUAUCGACGACGUUUUGCUUUUUCGAUAAUUUUGGGAUUUUGGAUUUUAACAAGUUAAUCUACCUGAGACCCAUGGCUUUGGAGCUGAGAAGUGUCGUUGGAAUCUGUAAAAAUAUUGUUCAAGUUUCUGAUCAAGAUUUGGAAGAGAUAGUAAUUAGAGGAGUCGUGGAUUCUGAGCUGGUCGGAAAAUUGGUGAGGUGUGUGAUUAUCCGGGCUGGACUUUAUUCCGAUGCUGAUGGAUUCAACCUGGAUCGUUUAGAGCAGAUGUAUGGAGCUGGAACCAUUGAGCCAAAUAACUUUUAUCGUACGGCCCAAAAAUGUGUUGAAAAAGCGAAUCAUCGAUACACAAAUGUUUCCAAACUUUGUUUAGCUGCUUACAUACUGGAUGACUGUUUCGAGGAUUUGUUGCAAAAUAUUAGAGCUGCAAUUGUAGAAAUACUUCAACUGGGGAUCGAAUAA